AACAAUAAAAACUCCCUAACGUAUUAUGUAUUGUUAAUCAACUAUAUAUUGGAUAAUUGCAAAAGAAACUUAAUAAAAAUAUAAUGAGAAUAACUACAACGAAAACCUAACCAAAUCAUAUUUCCUAAUUGUGACAGAGAUCAUUACAAUAAACCUUUACUAAGGUAUUAUGUAUUGUUAUCUAUUAUGUUUCAUUUCCCUAUGGAACUGGAUGUGUGAAUCAUCAGAUGGAAAGGGAUGUACAAAGAUGAAUGUUUAUAAAACCCUAACCUUGGUAAGACAACUCUAGUAUAGACAAACACCAAACAUGCAUAAACACCACAAUAUACUCAUGAAUUUUCUUCGGAUGCAAGAAAAACGAACUAUUUUUCAAUGGAAUUAUAUGAUCUUCAAGUUAUGAGCAUAUACGAUCUCUGAUCUUCGCAACACCAUGUAACUUUUACAAAACAUUCUAGGCUUUAUCAAACUAAUAAAGACCUUAUACAAUAUAUUAUUUAGAGAAGACCAAUUAUAUAAACUCAAUGAGGAGUGAAUUAUGGAGAUAAGAAUCUAAUAGUUUCUUUGGCUAUUGUAUAAUCAUCAAAUAUUUCCUAAUAAUAAAAUGUCACAUUUACAAACAUGUAUGUUGAAUAUCAAUUAUUUGAUCACAACAUACCCUCUAAUAUGCAUCUCAUAUCAAAUAAGGAAACGAACUACUUCCUGAUCUCCGCACUUGCGAAAGUAUAUAUGUACAUAAGCUUGUAAACGACACAUGAAUUUGUGGAGAUUCUUGAGACCGAACAUUUCUCAUUAAGACAUAUAGUUCCAUUGGAUGGUAGUUCGUUUGUCUUGUUUCGGUAGCAUUCAUUGAGUAUAUCCAGAAACUCUUAAACUUUGAUAAAAAAAUAAUAACUUUAUAAUCGCAAUAUUCUCAUUAUGAACUACAUAAAAUUUAAACUAAAUAAAUCAUGUAUUACCAAAAGUAUGUUACAUUAACUUUAAAAUUAAUUAAUUAAGGAGUUUACUAUUUGUUUUUCAUAUAUUGAGUGAGCAUUUAAUUAUUGCAAGUACGCUCAUCUUGUUUUGCAUAUACGAUUGAUCGACCGGUGAUUCAACACACGAUUGCUAGCUUUGGCAAAUGGAGGUAGCAAAACUGAAGCAACAGUUCAAGAACUUGCAUGAAGCUCAUCGGCAACUGAUGGGGGAAGAACUCUGUGGUAUGCGAGUUGAAGACCUGCAAACACUAGAGAACAAGUUAACAAUAAGCCUACAAGGUAUCCGAAUGAAAAAGGGGAGCCUGAUGCAUCAACAAAACAUAAAUCUCUACAAGAAGCAAGAGCAUAUGCAGCUACAUGUGAUGAGAACAAUGGGUGUACUGCAUUAAACACCAGUGAAGCUCAUAGCCCCAGCAAUUUGCAAUCUGCUGGUGUGUCAAGCUGAGCAUCUUGAGGAUCAAGGACUCUUGAACUAUAUCACCUUUCAACAUUAGAGAAAAAAAUAAGGGUUAUGAUAUGUGUUAUUUUGCCAUAAGAUGCAGUUGAAAGGAAUAUAGUGUUUUGAUACAACACUCAACCGUUGUUUACGUUUUACAUAGAACACAAAAACGUGUGUGUAUAUAUAAUUUUCAAAUUUUGGACUUGCGAGAGGGUGGGCUCUGUGUGGUCACCCACCUCUGCACAUGGCCUAG